AGGGUGGCGAGGAUGGCUUCGGCGCUCGUGAUGGUGGUGCUGGCACAGCUCGGAGAGUCAGCGACGUCGAGCUUGAAGAUGGAGGCACCUGAAGAGAGUAUGAAGCAUCGGUUUGAAACCGUCAAAGCCAAGCACAUCGCACGACAGCAUGGCGUUUCAGCCGAGACACUCAAAAAGGAUGCAGAAAAUCAGCAGCACAUUGCUCGAUCGCAUCACUCAGAUGUGGAGGCAGCGAGCAUGUCUCCGCACCUCUCCAUGCAUUCAACGAGAGGGCAGGAAGCUGGUCGGGGGAUGCGCGGAAGACGGGGGAAGUUUCAGCAGAGUGCGUAUGGAGCACAGAAGCUGCCCCCUGAUGAAGCCACACCGUUCUUCGAUACAUAUGUCUUACACUACGCCUUUCCAACGAUCGCGAUUAUUUGCACAUGCUUAGCUUGCGUUCUGCUGCGCACCAUGAAGAUGUAUCAGAAGGAGAGGUGGAAGGGGACAUCAUACUUCCACGGAGCUCGUCGCUCUGCUGAGUCUCUGCUGCCUGGGCUCAAGUAGCGAUCGCGUGCGCGAACAAGACGGCCAUGUGCUUGCGCUUAUGAAACCAUGGAAACGAUUUUCUCGCGAGAUCUCUUCGCCGGCUAACAUAGCCUUGUUGCUUAGAGAAAUCAUUUUUGUUUCUAACACCAGUCAGAGUUUUCUUCU